CGCUGCAGCUGGCGCGUGACGUGCUGCCCGCCCGCCGCGCCGCCGCUGCUGCUGCCGCCGCACACGCUGCUGCUGCGCACGCUGCCGCUGCAGCCGCGCGGGUACACAGCAGCUACUUUUGUCCAGGAUUUGUUGACCGUCUGAGUGAGAUGCAGAACCUCAAGAAAUUCUUUUACGGCCUUACGGAUUCCAGCGUGUCGAAAUAGUUUCCAUUCCAUGAAACAGCUCUCCCAGUAGAUAUCGUUUCUCGGCUGAACUCUUUUUAGAAAUCUUGUAGACCUAGUUAUAUCGUAGUAUGAUGAGAAGUUACAAAAUCGUAUGAGUGGAGGUUGUCGAUGCAGGCCGGGCUGGUUCCGCCCGGAGCCGGCGGUGUCGCUGGUGCAGCUGCGAAGUGCACGGCGUGGGGAGGGCCAGCUGCAGACCUCGCACGAUACGCUCGUCGUGAGGCUGUGUGCGCUCGCGCUGCCCACCGGUGACGUCUUGAGGGUCCGCAAGCACAUGUACGUGCGCAACGUGGGCGACGGCGCCAUGGCGGUGACGGCGCGAGUGGCGCCGCAGCCCGACGGUGCGGCCGCGCUGUGGCACGUGCUGCGCGGCGCGUGCGGCGCCGGCUGCGCGGGCGCGGCGGCUGCCGAGCGAGACGUCACGGCCGCGCUGCAGCUGCCGCCGCAUAGCGCGGUACAAGUGACGGUGGAGGUGUCCGUGCGCGCGGACGACGUGUGGCCCGCGCCGGCGGCGGAGGGGUUGGAGCGCUCGAGCGCCACGGAGCCGCCGGGCGCGGCCCUCGGCGUGCUGGGCGAGGCGCGCGGCGCCGGCGGCGCGGCCGGCGACGCGGGCGCCGUGUCGCUGGGGGGCGCCAGCGUGACGGCCGCCCGGCCCGGCUACGACGACACGUGCACCUACAGCGGCGAGCUGCUGUUCCACGACGACUACAACGUGCUCAAGGCGGUGCCGCUGCUGCUGCAGCUGGAGCUGCCGGUGCUGCGCGUGACCCCCGACCACUUCGACUUCGGCUACGUGUGCGACGCCGACACGCGCAAGACUUACUUCACCGUCACACAUUCUAGCCGCACGGAGACUCUGACGGUGUGGCUGCAGUGGUCGGGGUGCGAGGACUUCAAGCUGCGGCCGUCGCGGCUCGUGAUCCCGCCCGGCGGCGCCAAGCGCGUCUACCUCAUGUACAACGCGCGGUGGACGGGCGCGGUGGCGGAGGGCGCGCUGAGCGCGGCGGCGGGCGGCGCGGCGGGCGCGUGGUGCCGGGCGGCGGCCGCCGUGCGGGCGCGAGCGUCGCGGGACUUCAAGUGCCACCUGGCGCCGCACGACCACACGGACGAGCCCAGCCUGCUGCCCGAUAUACUGCACUCAUAA